AUGCGGUCUCAAUUCAAGGACGAUUUUUCCUUUGAGAAACGAAAAACCGAGUCUCAAAGGAUCCGUGAAAAGUAUCCUGAUCGAAUUCCUGUAAUUUGUGAGAAAGUCGACAAAUCUGAUAUCGCCGCUAUCGACAAAAAGAAGUAUCUGGUUCCAUCAGAUCUUACGGUAGGCCAGUUCGUAUAUGUUAUUAGAAAGCGUAUCAAGCUUUCUCCAGAAAAAGCUAUCUUUAUUUUCAUCGAUGAGAUUUUACCUCCUACUGCUGCUCUGAUGUCCACGAUCUACGAUGAACACAAGAGCGAAGAUGGCUUUUUGUACAUCACUUACUCUGGAGAAAAUACCUUUGGAACUUGCCUCCAUUAA